CAGAAUCAAGGCACCUCAAACACAGCUACUCCUCUACCUCAGAUCCCUGAAUCAUCUUCCAUGACAAGCUAUAACAUGCCAAACACCAAUGUCACACUAGAGACUCUGCUGAGCACUAAAGUGGCAGUUGCGCAGUUUUCGCAGAGCGCACGGACCACUGCUUCCGCGAGCAUCAGCAGCGGGGUGACGGCUGUGGCCAUCCCCAUGAUUCUGGAGCAGCUCAUGGCCCUUCAGCAGCAGCAGAUUCACCAGCUUCAGCUCAUCGAGCAGAUCCGCAGUCAAGUGGCAAUGAUGAACCGCCAGCCGUUACGACCAUCCCUCAACCAGAUCGUGGCCGCCCAGGGUGGUCCCGGGCAGGCCUCCAACCAGCUGCAGGGGUUUGCCACCAGCGCUGCCGUCCAGCUCACUGCAGUCAUUCCUUCCGCCAUCGUGGGGCAGGCUGCCAGCAGUCAGCCCACUGCCUUUGACGGCUCUCAGCACAUCUCAAGACCUACAUCUGGAGCGAGUACGCCCAAUAUAUCCAGCAGUGGCUCUUCUGCUCUGCCUGAAUCAGGUGUACCUUCCUCCUCAAACGCAAUUACGUCCAUAACUCCCGUUCCUGUGUCAAAUGCUCCGAACAGUGCUUCGCAGCCCCAGAAUGCUUCGACUCCACCUUCAAUAGGACAUGGAAGCCUCACCUCAGUGUCCAGCCUGCCAAACCCACUUCUACCUCAGACUUCAUCAAAUAGUGUGAUUUUCCCCAAUCCACUGGUUAGCAUUGCUGCAACAGCUAACGCCCUCGAUCCUCUGUCUGCCCUUAUGAAGCACCGCAAAGGAAAGCCACCAAAUGUGUCAGUGUUUGAACCCAAGUCAAGCUCCGAGGAUCCCUUUUUUAAACACAAAUGCCGAUUUUGUGCCAAGGUCUUUGGAAGUGACAGUGCUUUACAAAUUCACCUCCGCUCGCAUACAGGCGAAAGACCUUUUAAGUGUAACAUAUGCGGAAACCGCUUUUCCACGAAGGGCAACCUGAAAGUUCAUUUUCAGAGACAUAAAGAGAAAUACCCUCAUAUUCAGAUGAACCCUUAUCCUGUUCCAGAAUACCUCGAUAAUGUGCCCACCUGCUCUGGAAUCCCAUAUGGGAUGUCUCUGCCCCCCGAAAAGCCGGUCACAACAUGGUUAGACAGCAAACCUGUUUUACCAACAGUCCCAACUUCCAUUGGGCUCCAGCUGCCCCCCACUAUACCUGGUGUGAACAGUUACGGAGAUUCUCCAAGUAUCACUCCUAUGAGCAGGUCACCCCAGAGGCCUUCUCCUGCUUCCAGCGAAUGCACUUCUCUAUCCCCCAGCCUCAACACUUCUGAGUCAGGGGUUCCAGCAUCUGCUGAAUCCCCACAGCCUGUUCAGAGUGGCUCAUCUCUGACCAAGACAGAACCUGUCACUCUGCCUCCCACGAGCACACGGCUCGGGGACCUUUCUGCAGGUGGGCAAGUUUCUGCAGCUUCCACGUCUUCAAUUCCUACUGCUGUUACAGACAGCAGCGUUGCAACAAGCCUCCCAAACCCUGUGCUUCCAGUAGUGUCUGACCAGUUUAAGGCAAAGUUUCCAUUUGGUGGUCUGCUAGACUCUAUGCAAACGUCAGAAACCUCAAAACUACAACAGCUAGUGGAGAACAUUGAUAAGAAGAUGACAGAUCCAAAUCAAUGCGUCAUUUGUCACCGUGUGCUUAGUUGUCAGAGUGCUCUCAAGAUGCAUUACAGAACACAUACAGGAGAAAGACCAUUUAAAUGCAAAAUUUGUGGACGUGCCUUUACUACAAAAGGCAAUCUAAAAACACAUUUUGGAGUUCAUCGAGCGAAGCCACCACUUAGAGUACAGCACUCGUGUCCCAUUUGUCAGAAGAAAUUUACAAAUGCGGUUGUUCUUCAGCAGCACAUUCGUAUGCAUAUGGGUGGGCAAAUUCCAAACACGCCACUACCAGAGGGCUUCCAGGACGCCAUGGACUCAGAGCUUUCCUAUGAUGAAAAGAAUGUUGACACACUGAGCAACUUCGAUGAUGACAUUGAUGAAAAUUCUAUGGAAGAGGACCCAGAACUAAAGGACACAGCUAGUGACUCAUCCAAGCCCCUUAUCUCUUACUCUGGGUCAUGCCCUUCUUCACCACCUUCUGUGAUCUCUAGUAUUGCUGCUUUGGAGAAUCAAAUGAAAAUGAUUGAUUCUGUCAUGAACUGUCAGCAGCUGACCAGUUUAAAAUCCAUAGAAAAUGGAUCAGGGGAAAGUGACCAUUUGAGCAAUGACUCCUCAUCUGCCGUUGGUGAUCUCGAAAGCCAGAGUGCAGGCAGUCCUGCAAUGUCAGAAUCUUCUUCCUCCAUGCAGGCUUUGUCUCCUGUAAAUAGCAAUAGUGAAAGUUUCAGAUCAAAGUCCCCUGGUCUCAGUAACCAGGAAGAGCCACAAGAAAUACAACUAAAGACAGAAAAACCAGACAGUCCACUGCCCACAACUGAAAAUGGAGGCGCAUUAGAUCUGACAUCCACCAACCCAGGAAGACCGGUCAUCAAAGAGGAGGCUCCUUUUAGUCUGCUGUUCCUGAACAGAGAACGUGGUCCCAGCCAAAGUACUCCUAGCCUGGUCACCAGUACAGCACCUACCAUGAUCAAAAUGGAAGUGAAUGGUCACAGCAAGCCGAUCUCUUUGGGUGAGGUUCCCUCGCUUCCAGCUGGAAUCCAGGUUCCUGCUGCACCACAGACAGUGAUGAGUCCGGGGAUCACCCCUAUGCUGGCACCCCCCCCUCGCCGGACUCCCAAGCAGCACAACUGUCAGUCGUGCGGGAAGACCUUCUCCUCAGCAAGUGCACUGCAGAUACACGAGCGCACCCAUACCGGUGAAAAACCGUUUGGUUGCACAAUCUGUGGUAGAGCUUUUACCACAAAGGGGAAUCUUAAGGUGCACAUGGGGACUCACAUGUGGAAUAACGCCCCUGCACGCCGCGGCCGCCGCCUCUCUGUGGAAAACCCCAUGGCUUUGCUUGGUGGCGAUGCACUCAAGUUCUCCGAGAUGUUCCAGAAGGAUUUGGCAGCUCGGGCCAUGAAUGUUGACCCCAAUUUUUGGAACCAAUAUGCUGCAGCUAUCACUAACGGACUUGCUAUGAAGAACAAUGAGAUUUCUGUCAUACAGAACGGAGGCAUUCCUCAGCUCCCAAGGUCAAAAGAGCUGCCUGUUUUUUACGUCUUUGUGUAACACUAGCAUAAUGAAUGAUGAAGUCUUCAGUGAUGUGAUCAGGUAUGUGCAUAGCUCACAGGAUUUGCUAAUAAACAUGCCAUUCACACUCCAUCCUCCAGAUGAAGGCAUGAAGUUUGUUAGUGUUGCUGGUCUAGGGCAGCUGCAGAUGGACAGGAGGAUGGAAAUACUGAUCCUAACUUCACUGUGCCUGCUUUUAUACCACUGAAGCUCCAUGGGCUUCAGCGGAGAUACUCUAGGUUUAUUCUGGUGCAAAAGGGACUGCUUCCAGGACCAGAUGUCUUGCUUUACUUCACUUAUUAUCAAAACAAUGGCUAGCUAUACAGUCUAUUUUAAAGUAUGUCUAAGCAAAAACAUUCUGGACUUUAUUUUUAAAAAGAGGCAACUAUACAUAAAAUAUAUAUUUUAGUACAUUCCACAGGAUUAUCCCAGUUUUAAAGGAGAUCCUGAAAGCUGAAUCUAAAGAAAAAUAUAGCU